AUGGGUGAGCAAGUACAAAUACAAACUCAGCAACCUCAAGUAGUUUAUCAAGCUUGCUGCGGUAACUUUGGCAAAAUAUUACCGGAAAAUCGCCGUAAAACUUGCUAUGGGAUUGGUGUUACUAUGCUCAUUACGGGUAUUGUCAGCUUUAUAGUUGGCAUCGUUGGAAUUUUCACCACUGCUUAUUCAUAUUAUAGUCACGGCCAUUAUAUCUAUAUUCGCAACGCAACGGUCUUUGUUGGAGCUGAUAUUUGGGCUGGCGUAUUUUAUAUCCUAUGUGGCAUAUUUGCUAUCGCUUCUCACAAGAAUCGUGCUAAUUCACAUCUGAUGAACUCGUAUUUCGCGUUCGCCAUUAUUAGCUUUAUUUUGUCCAUUCCUCAUUUCAUAGUUAGCCUUGCCUACAUGGUUAGCAACCGCUUUGGAUUAUACAUUGGAGGCACUAUAUGGUUCAACAUCGUCUCUAUCAUUUUAUCCGUCUCUGGAUUUAUACUGUCCCUAACAUCAGUCGUUAUUUUAGGAAAUGGCAUUUAUUGUAAUAAUACAACGGCAACGAACGUUACUACUGUCCACUAUCAAACUGGUCCUAGCCAAGUUGUAGCAUUUCAACAAUAUCCAACUCAAUAUCCUAAUCAACCAGUUAUAGCUUUCCAACAAGCGCCAGUUUACGUUCAGACACCACAAGCUGGACAAGUCGCAUUAAAUUACAAUCAGACUGACAUUGGCGCUACGAGUAAAACUCAACUACCACCGCUGUAUGACAAAUUGCCAAAUGUGGGAGAAAAACAAAUGAAUCCUGGAAAUUAA